AUGAGAUCGUUAAAAAUAAUAUUUGAAAAAUUUAGUGAUGAAGAAACAAAGAAACAAGUAUUUAGAUACAUCCUUGGAUUUACUGACUUUGCUUUCUUUCAACCAACAGUAUUUGGUAUUGAAGUUGGUAUUAAGUAUGUAUUUAAAUUACUUCCUAUUAUUUAUGAUUCUUCAAUAUUUAAAGAAGUUGAUGAAAGUCUAGCAGAUGAUACAUUAGAUGUAAUUGAAAUGAUAAAUGAAUUUUUAGUAUUUAAUGAUGGAGUAUUUAGUGGAGUGGCAAUAUUAUAUUUAAACAUGUUAUGUGAUUCUUAUAGUAUUUGUGGAAUUAAAUUAAAAUACAGAAUACUUGAAAUGAUAAAAAAAUUUAUUUGUUUAUUUCCAAAUGAUUUCUUUGUUUCAGAAAAUAAUGGAACAAUGAUUCAAGAACGUUGUAUAAAAUCAUUAAAAUCAUUUAUUACUGAUAAAGAUUUUGAAAACAUGAAAGAUAAAAUAGAAAUUACACUUCUUUGGUGUUUAGAUACUAUUCUUAAUAUUGAAAAAAUAAAAGAAAGAGCUAAAACGUCUAAGUGGUGGGGAAUUAAUGAAUUAAUUAAAUUAUUAAUGAAUUUUACUCUUGACGAACCAAUAAUACAAAGAAUUAUUCAAUCACACGAAACAAUUAUUUCUUUUUUUACUGAACCAAACAAUCAAUUACAAAGAAGUGAAUCUCAAGAAAAAAUAUUUCUUAAUAAAUGUUUACAUUAUAAACUAGAAGUACAUCAAUUAUUAUUUGAUACUCUUACUCAAAAAUUAAAAACUAUUGACUCUUUUAAUAAAAUAAAUGUUAAAAUAUUAGAAAUCACUAAUAUAACGAAAUACAAAGAAAUUAAUGAACAAUUCUUAAUUGAACAUGAUACUCAAAUAUUUAAUCCUCUUGUCAAUUUUCUUCAAAUUGUAAAAACAAAAUCAAUAGAAACUUCUCAACUUGAUGUAUUUAAUUAUUUUAUUGAUUAUGGAAUUAAACCAUCUUUACAAUUUAAAAUGUAUGCUCAAAAUCUUUCUCAAGAAUGUCAUUCAAUAUUAAUAAAUUGUUAUCUUAUAUUCAAUGAUACGUCUAAAAAAUCAAAAUGUGCUGAUAUUUAUGUUAAACAUAUAGACCUUAUUACUAAUAAUUAUUUAUUGAAUAUAGAAGGAUAUAGAAAACAGUGGUGUGUUUUAGAACUACUUUAUUCUAUUGAACAUAUAUUUCCUCAAUUAAUAUCAAAUAAAUCAUUAUUAGGAAAUGGAUUAACAAUACAGUGGAUUUAUUCUCUUUUAAUCAAAUUAAUCUCAUCACCUCAUCAACCAAUACGAGAGCUAAUUCAACCACAAUUAACUUCCAUUGGAGAUUUAUAUUUUCAUUAA